GAGCUGUCAUAAUGGUUCUGCUCUGCUUAAGGGAGCUGCUCUGGUCCUCUGGCUCAUUGUGCCCUGGAGCCUUUGCUGCCAUGUCCUGGCUGCGUUUCUGGGCCCUGUGGCUUCUUGUGUUGCUACCAUUGUGGCUGCUGGUCCAAGCAGCUCAGCCUCCGGGUUGGGCCCUGGACCCUGUGCAGCUGACCCCCAGACCCCCAGGGCCAACCGAGUCCUGGUCUUCGGAUCCCUCCAAUCUCCCUCUUGAAUUUCCCCAUCCACGUCAACAACUGAUGCAUCCUGUGGUUCCUUUCUGGUACACAGGUUCAGCUGGAGAGCUGCCCCCAGGACAAGAACUUUGGGACAAGCCUGGCCAGCAUGAAAGUUCACCAGAGGUGGUUCCGGUGGUGGAUUCCCAGGAUCAGCCUCUAGAGCCCCCGGAGAUGGAUGAGAACUACAAAGACCUGCAGGCGGCCCUGGCUGUGCCUUCCUUCACUCCUGAAGAGGCUGAGCCCCCAGUCCAGGAGGAAGCCCUAGCUCCAUCUUCAGCGCACCCUCAGGGGACACUUCCACAUCCCGGGCAGGUUCACAGUCAGCGUCCAAACCUGACUCAGGUCGCAGCUGCACCUGGGGACCUGGACGUUUCCGUACCUCGGCAGCCAGAGCCGUCUGAGACAGGUUUUCCAUCACUGACUCAGAAUUCAGUGGUGAACACCACCACAAACAACAUAUGUGAGCUCUGUAGCUGCACAGACGAGACGCUGGCGUGCGUUGGUCUCAGCCCAGAGCAGAAGCUCCAGAGUGUGCCCGUGCCAGAGCCCAACGCUCACAAUGGCACCUUCACGAUCUUAAAUUUCCAAGGAAACUCUAUUUCUUACGUUGAAGAAAAUACAUGGAAGUCAUACACUUGGGUUGAGAAACUAAUUCUCGGUGACAAUCAGUUGAGUGAAUUACAUAAGGACUCAUUUGAAGGCCUGCUAUCCCUCCAGUAUUUAGAUUUAUCCUGCAAUAAAAUACAGGCUAUUGAAAGACGUACAUUCGAAUCACUACCUUUUCUGCAGUUUAUAAAUCUUGGUUGCAAUCUCAUUACAGAACUGAGCUUUGGAACAUUUCAGGCCUGGCAUGGAAUGCAGUUCUUACACACAUUAAACCUCAGUCAUAAUCCUCUGACAACGGUUGAAGAUUCUUAUUUUUUCAAAUUGAGAGCAUUAAAAUAUUUAGACAUGGGAAAAACCCAAGUGACACUUAAAACAGUUGAGAGCAUCGUCAUGAUGAGCCCCAAGUUAGAAAAACUGAUUUUACCUAGCCGUAUGGCCUGCUGCCUCUGCCAAUUUAAAAGUAAUAUUGAGGUUUUCUAUAAUACAGUCAAGCUGCAUUGUGACAGUGAAUGUCUGACAAACAUCGCAUAUUGUGAUGACGGAACAUCUAUAGGGGACCCAGAAGGGUCGUUCAUGAAGGCAUUACAAUCCCGGAAGAAGAGUAGCAGCCCUGAGCUGACUAUCGAGCCAGAGAAGGCCGCCGCAGACAAAAAUGCCAUCAGUUUGUCAGCCUUCAAAAGUGAGCAAGAAGACUUUAGCAAGGAAAGUGCACUUAGCUACAUAUCAUCUUAUUUCUCUGGACAGAUGGAAGGUGCAGAAUCAGCAUUAUUACAAUUCAUUAAAACUUACAAACUUCUUUCAAACUUACAAGGAGGAGAUGAGCCUGUGGGGCAUUUGCGAAACAACGCAGAGAACACUUCUCUUCCACCUGGAUCCAGCAUUUCAGCUGACAAAAAUAAACAGAAAAUAAUCUCUGUUCUGGAAGAUAUCAUAGAUGCCAUGCCUCUAUGUUCCAAACUUCUGAGUCCCAGAUUUAACCCCCAAAUCUCCACCAAAACAUUGGAAACUGCCCUAUUACAAGAAAACAGCCCACCAGAGAUUCAGAGAGUAGGGAGGAGGCCGGGGCCUUUGAAGGUGGUCAUCAAGGGCCCAAAGGGCAUUCGGGAGAGGCGACGCAGACAAAUGAGGAAGGCAGGCAUCAACGGGAAGCAGAGGGCCCAGCUCCUUGCGGAGAGCACGGCCGAGAAAAAAGGGCUCACGACGGCAUCCCCAAGGGCGCCGGAGCAGCCUCACGUGGAGCAGCCCCCCAGGGAAACCGCAGGAAGCUCCUUCAACCCAGAGUCUUCAUUCCGAGGGGAACAGGAGGCAGCCGUCCCUUCUGUCCAGUACUUGAUGGGCAGGCCUCCUGCUUCCAAUACUCCAAAAUCUCUACCUGAGAUUAAACCAAAAUCGAAAGACCUAGCUGACAGUAUUUUUGUUUUAGAAGCUGCAAGUGCUGGAAUGAGAAAUAUGAAGGCUUCUGAACCAACCUCACACUUAAGAGAAAAGUACCUCUUUCCUGAAUCUUUGCGGCAGGCGGGCCACAAAAUCCUCAAGGCCAAAAUGAGUAGACAGUUCAGCAGUAAAGGCUCACAGAAUAGCCCGAUGGUUGUGAACAAGCCUCCACUCACUGCAAUGAGCCUUAUAAACUCCCCUUCACAAGAGGCUUUUUCAUCGUCAGAACUGACUUUUCAGAAAAAUCAUUUUCCAGAUUUAUUUUCUCUUUUGGAUCCAACUCUCAAACUGACCGCGGAAGCACAACAGGAACACGACAAUGUGGGCGCUGACUUACCCUCCACAUCCACAGCCUUCCCUUUCCCAGGGAGCUCAUCUCCAGGUGACCACCCCGAAGCUCAGCUAAACGAGCAGCUGCGGUCCCUCAUCACCGACAGUGAUGUGAGAAGGCUCAUUUCUCGUGUUUGCUGGACUUUGAAAAUGGGCUGCUCGGAGACCCACCUGAAACCAGCCUGUGCCAAGCUCAUCUUCCAAACCGGCCUCCUGAUGAAGCUUCUCAGCGAGCAGCAAGAAGCAAAGGAGCCCAGGGCAGACUGGGAUACAGACCAGAGGGAAACAGAAAACUACAUCCACGGGAGUCCAGAAGCCCAGAGUGAACAGGAAGAGCAGGAGAUCCAUGAGGUCCCGAAAGUUCUGGUGCAUGGGUAUCGAAUCGAAGUCAUCUUGGCAUUGUCAGUGACAGGAGCAGUGCUGGUGUUGAUUAUAGCUUUCUGUCUCACUAAGAUGUGCUCCCGUAGAAGAGCAGCGCUGGAUGAAGAAGAACGCUCAGGGGGCUUCUUUCCACUUCCGGAUAAACCCUCAGAAGAGCGUAAGAAUCAGAAGGCCUUUUCCUGGAGAAGGCGGCUUUGGCUCAGGAAUAUGUACAGAACCGUCAGUCCCUCACGUGAGAAAAACCUGACGCAGAAGCUACUUGAGAGGGAUGGAAGGGAGCUCAGGGAAGUCGUAAUAGAGAGGAAUGUGACUUCAGGGUCGGGUGACAAAGGGAAGGGAGCGAAGCGCAAGAUACCGGCACAGAGGAAGCCCCAGCUUGCCCCGGGCCACCUACAAUAAAAUGUGUAAUUCUCUCUCCUUGAAAUGUGUAAGCUCAUAACCAAUCCUGGCCGUCUGAUAAGGAAUUAAAGUAUAAAUUCUUAAAUACUUACGUGCAAAUAACAGGUGCCAUAGGCAUGAACAGUAGGGCUGCGGCCAGAAUCCCUCACUGCAGCCACUCCUUCUGCAGAGGUAAUGCGGGCAAAGAAGGACAAAUGACGUGUCCCUCCCUCAUUUCACCAAUAUCAUCAGUUCCUGGAAACUGGGAAACAUAUCAUCCUCGAGGAGUGUAGAUUAUUAAGUCAAGGAAGUUUCUUCUGGGGCUCUCUCUCCCCUGGUUCAUCAAGUACCAGUUCUUUACAACCUCCUGACCUCUGGCCCACAGAGUAUCGCCCACUUCUGGCCCCUCUCACAGGGUCCUUUGGAGGCCAACAUGCAGCCUGUACAUCUGCCGCCACAGAGGAGGAAAGAAUGGCUUCCACCUCCUUUGUACCCUUCGGAUUUCACACAAGUAAAUUUUAUUGGUGGAACCCUGCUGUCAAGGGAAUCUGUGAAAUGUUCCUGGGCUUCCAGCACCUGCAGAGAAGGCGGUAGAGAUUGGUGUCAAGAGCCAACCAGUGCCACUCAGCAUCCUCCAUAUUACAGACAUGGUGAGAAGCCCCGCCUGUACUCGCAGGGAUCAUAGCAUCCUUUUUUUUUGUAGGCUUAAUGGGUGUUCCAGUCUUGGUAAAAGUCAGAAACCUGAAAGGUGUCAUUCUAGCUGGAAAAGAGAUGAGGUGCUGGAUGCUGGUGACAUGCACUUAUCCCCGAGAUGACUGGAGAAACACUUUAAGUUUGUGAAAAAUAAACUUUUUUCAGGAGUUAUCCUGAAAGAUAAUAACUAAAAUAAGUAAAAGGCUAAUAAAAGACACCUUCCCUUGUCAAAAACAAACAAAUCAGAGACUAUUUUAUGCUGUGAUGACAAAUUUCAAUCAGUGUUAUACUAUUGCAAUGGUAUGGGGGAAAGAGUCCAUCAUGAACUGAACUCAAGUGGGAUUUGCACAGAGGUGGUAUUUUAAAAGGGACUGAGAGCACAGGGCAAGGUUGAACUGAGAAGAGGGCACAGAGCAGCCAGGCUAGACUCUGUUCAAGGAGCGUGUGUCACCUUCCAAACCCACAGACCCACUACAGCCUAACACAUCUUUUUCUGUACCUCAAAGGUUCCUACUGCCCACAGAUAAUUCACUUCAGAGGUAUAUACUUUUUGAAAAAUGAUUUUCUGGGUUCCUGGGAAGAGAAGAGCCCUGUGGCACGGUUUACAAGGUGUAUGAGUGUGUAUACAAGCAUUUACGGGGUGUGUACCUCCUCACUCCUCCUGAUGCGACUGUUUCUUCCGGCCCCUCAGUGGUACCUCCUGGCCAGAGAAGGCCGGUGGUACAUACACACAUGGCUGAAAACAUACUUCUGGCCCUUCUUGUAUGUAUACUGGCUAGUGGCUGCUCCUCCCUCUCCUGAGCCUUCUGAGAAUCCAAGUUCUGCUUCUGAAGUGAGCCUAUUUGCUCUCUCACCCCUGCUUAUGAACCCAGUGAAGUACGUCACAGACAAAUGCAGGUUCGGGUGGCAAUAAAGCUGUCUGGAGCCUGAUGGCUUAGUCUUGGUCCAUAAGACACAUCAAACUCCUCUUAAUGUGGGCCUAUAGAAAUGAAGGUUUCAAGACUCAUGUUUUUCCCUGAUUAUCUUCUGGCUGAGCUCUGCUCCUACAUACACCAUCAUAAUUGGGAACAAUAUUUCCAGACAUGCUAGUCAAGAAUUAGAUUACCAAUCCCUAUGUUUAUGGGCAACUGAUUUUCAAUAUGGGCACCAAGACAUUUCAAUGGGGAAAAAUUAGUCUUUUCAACAAAUGGUGCCGGAAUAAGUGAACAGUCCCACGCAAAACAAUGAAGUUGAACCCCAACCUCACACCAUAUAAAAAAAGUUAACUCAAAAUGUGUCAAAGACCUACAGGAAAGAGUUAAAGCUAAAACUCUUGGGAACAGGUGCAAAUCCUCAUGUCUUUGGCUCAGACAAUGGUUUCUUAGAUAUGACAUCUAAUGCCUAAGCAACCAAUAAAAAAUAGACAAGGUGGACUUCAUUAAAAUAAAAUCUUUUAUGGUUCAAAGGGUUACUAUCAAGAAAGUGAACAGACAAAUCCAUUUCCUAUUCUAAUAGGAAAAAUAUUUGCAGACCGUAGCAUAUACCUGAUAAGGGUCUAGUAUCCAGGAUACAUAGAGCUCUUACAACUCAGUAACUAAAAAAGGCAAAUAACCCAGUCUAAAAAUGGGCAAAGGAUUUGGAGACAUUUCUCCAAAGAUAUACAAAUGGCCAAUUAGUACAUGAAAAGAUGCUCAAUGUCAUUAGAUAGUAGUGAAAUAGAAAACCAUAGGGAGAUACUACUUUACACUGAGUAGGAUGACUGUAAUUAAAAAAAAAAAGACUAGCAAGUGUUGACAAAUAUGUGGAGAAACUGGAAUGCUUAUACAUGGCUGGUGGAAAUGUAAAAUGGUGCAGCCCCUGUGGAAAACAGUUUGGUAGUUCCUCAAAAAGUUAAACACAGUUACCAUGUGACUCGUGUAUGUAUGUGUGUACCCAAGAGAAUUGAAAACAUGUCCACACAAAAGCCUGUACCUGAAUGUUCAUAGCCACAUUAUUCAUAAUAGCCAAAGAACGAGAGAAAAACAAAUGCCUGUUAACAGAUGAAUAGAUAAAUUGUGGUAUUAUCUAUGCAAUGGAACAUUAUUGGCCAUGACAUAUGCCAUCACAUGGAUGAACCUUGAAAACACACUAAAUGAAAGAAGUUGGUCACAAAAGGUCACGUAUUGCAUGAUUCCAUUUAUACUAAAUGUCCGGAAUAAGAAAAUCCAUAGCUAAUGGAUAAGGGACUUCCUUACAGGGUGAUGAAAGUGUGCUUGAAUCAUGUAGUAGUGAUGUUGCACAACCUUGUAAAUAUACUAAAAACCACUGAAAUGUAUACUUUAAAAUGGUGACUUUUAUGGCAUUUGAAGCAUAUCUCAAUAAACAAAGAUGACCUAUCAGAGAAAA